CACGUUUCGACCUUGCUUCUGGAUAAUAUCUAAAUACUAACUGGGUCCAUGGCGUGGAGAGCGUUCCUUGGCACGAACUCGUCACGGAGAAUUGGCCUUGUUCUUGGGUAUGGAUCGCCUCGUUUGUCUAUCACAUCAAAUCGGAGCUGGAAACAAUCAGCCGUUAAUGCAACUCGGAGUUUUCACGGGGGGAGCGGCUCGGAUCCGGGUGCUAAUCAGGGCAUAAGUGCUUUGGUUCAUUCAAUUAGCGCGAAUAUGUCUGCCCGGGUAACUCAUGGGCCAGAAUGCUUUUAUCACGACGAUGAAGACGAGGAUUUAGAAGAGGAAGAAAACCCCGGAAAAAGAAGAGUACGAGAUCUUCGCGACGAAAUUGUCCUAGAGCUUGAUUGCGACUCAUUAGAAUCUACCGCCAUUGCACUCAAGAAACGACUUCAACUGCACUGCGAUGGCCAGGACUCAGAACCGUGCCAGCAUCUCAACGCCCUCCAGACACUGUUGACCAAGCUCGCCGCCACAAAAGAUCCACUUCCAAAAUACGAUAGUCCAUCGGAUUACUUAGAUAUUUUCUCAAAAAUUGCACUGGCAUUAAAUGCUAGGUCAGAGUUCCCUAUCAGGCUGAUAUCGGUGAAAGAGGUAGAAGAUCUCCGCGAGAUCGAGAGGAUCGCAGACACCAUCUCCCGCAUAGCUCUUCUUAAUGCCGCUAUAGGAGGGUUGAAGGGUUCGAUUUCGCGCGAUGUGAUCCACCACAUAUACGACAACGAUGGAAGUCUAUCUACGCUUGCCCGGAUAGUUAAUGGUGCGCUUCUUGAUGCUAAAGAUUUUAUUCCUCGGAAACAGUGGUUUACGGCCGAAGAAGAGGAUAGAAUUCUUGCUGUUUUGAAGCUGAUACUUAAAGAGAAAGGUCGGCGCAACUGGCUGUGAAGAAUGGAUAAGGUCAAUAGCGUUAGGGGAUGCUUGGAAAUUCGCUGCUUGUAAACCAGGAGACACCCAUAUCGCCAAAUGCA